AUGGCUCCCGUGCUCUCAUUCAUCGUUGGCUCGCUGUUGGCUGUGAGGGCCUUCGCAGAGCCAUUCGAGAAGCUUUUUGACGUUCCGGAGGGAUGGAAGCUUCAAGGUCCGGCAUCGGAUGCACACACGCUCAAGCUCCAGAUCGCGCUCCAGCAAGGCGAUACUGCGGGCUUUGAGCAGACCGUCAUGGACAUCUCCACCCCCUCAAACGCAAAGUACGGACAGCACUUUGAGUCCCACGAGGAGAUGAAGCGCAUGCUUAUGCCCAGUGAGGAGACCGUUUCCUCCGUCUCCUCCUGGCUCAAGGCUGCCGGUAUCGAGAACUUCCAGACCGACGCCGACUGGGUGACCUUCAAGACGACCGUCGGCGUUGCCAAUGAGCUCCUCGGAACUAAGUUCUCCUGGUUCGUCAGCGAGGAGAGCACCCCUCGCAAAGUUCUCCGCACGCUCGAGUACUCUGUCCCUGACGAGGUUGCUGACCACAUCAACCUCGUUCAACCGACUACUCGGUUCGCGGCCAUCCGUGCAAACCACGAGACAGAGCGCGAGAUCUUCGGCAUCGCGCUCGCUUCUUCCCCCAACGUGACUGUCAACUGUGAUGCUUCCAUCACUCCCCAGUGCUUGAAGCAGCUCUACAAGAUCGACUACACUCCCGACCCCAAGAGUGGUAGCAAGGCCGCUUUUGCUUCUUACCUUGAGGAGUACGCGCGCUACAGCGACCUUGCCCUUUUCGAGAAGAACAUCCUUCCCGAGGCUGUGGGCCAGAACUUUUCCGUCGUUCAGUUCAACGGUGGUCUGAACGACCAGGCCUCUAGCGAUGACAGUGGCGAGGCCAACUUGGAUUUGCAGUACAUGCUCGGUCUUGCCCAGCCCCUGCCUGUCACUGAGUACAGCACUGGUGGACGUGGCCCAUGGAUCGCUGAUCUCGACCAGCCUGAUGAGGCUGACAGCGCCAACGAGCCUUACCUCGAGUUCCUUCAGUCGGUGCUCAAGCUCAAGCAGAAGGACCUUCCCCAGGUCAUCUCCACCUCUUACGGCGAGAACGAGCAGAGCGUGCCCAAGUCUUACGCUCUUAGCGUUUGCAACCUCUUUGCUCAGCUUGGUAGCCGUGGUGUCUCUGUCAUCUUCUCGUCUGGUGACUCUGGUACCGGAUCCGCCUGCCUUUCCAACGAUGGCAAGAACACUACCAAGUUCCAGCCUCAGUACCCCGCCGCCUGCCCAUUCGUCACCUCCGUCGGCUCAACUCGCUACCUCAACGAGACUGCUACUUUCUUCUCCUCUGGUGGUUUCUCCGACUACUGGAAGCGUCCCAGCUACCAGGAUGAUGCCGUAAAGGCAUACUUCCACCAACUCGGCGAGAAGAACAAGCCCUACUUCAACCGCCACGGACGCGGGUUCCCCGACGUCUCGGCGCAAGGCUUUGGAUACAGGGUCUAUGACAAAGGUUCUCUCAAGGGAUACCAGGGUACUUCUUGCUCCGCUCCCGCGUUCGGCGGUAUCGUCGCUCUUCUCAACGACGCACGUCUAAGGGCCAAGAAACCAGCUCUUGGUUUCUUGAACCCCCUACUGUACUCCAACCCUCAUGCGCUCAACGAUAUCGUUCUUGGUGGCAGCACCGGCUGUGAUGGUCAUGCGCGCUUCAACGGCAAGCCAAAUGGUAGCCCUGUCAUCCCGUACGCAAGCUGGAACGCUACUGCGGGAUGGGACCCGGUUUCCGGAUUGGGUACACCCAACUUCCCCAAGUUGCUCAAGGCUGCUCUGCCCGCUAGGUACAAGGCUUAG